AUGAAGGAAUUCAUAUUAACUGAUGGCAAUUCAGUUAGCCCUUUGUGUCAAAAGGGUUUUUUCCCUUGUGGAAAUCUUACAAAAUGCUUACCCCGGGCUUUUCAUUGUGAUGGUGUGAAUGACUGUGAAAAUGGAGCUGAUGAAGAAAACUGUGGAGACAAUAGUGGAUGGGCCAGUAUCUUUGACACAGUUCAUGAAAAUUCUAAUAAUAUGGAACUAUCACAGGAAUGCUAUUUACAGCAAUAUCCACAAAGUUGUACCUGCAAAGAAACUGAACUAGAAUGUAUAAAUGUGCAUUUAAAAUCUGUACCACUGAUUUCCAGCAAUGUAACAUUAUUGUCCCUUAAGAAAAAUAAAAUACACAUUCUUCCAGAUGAAGCUUUCAUCAAAUACACAGGAAUAAAAAAGAUAUUCUUACAGUAUAACUGUAUUAAAUAUAUUUCCAGGAAAACUUUUUACGGAUUGUACAAACUUCAAAUGUUGUAUCUCAGUCACAAUUGUAUUACCAAUCUCAGGCCUGGAGUGUUUAAAGAUUUACAUGAGUUAUCAUGGCUAAUUCUAGAUGACAACCCAAUAACCAGAAUUUCACAGCAGUUAUUUAUUGGAUUAAAUUCUUUGUUUUUCUUGUCUAUGAUCAAUAACCACUUGGAAACCCUCCCCAAGGAGAUGUGUAACUACAUGCCUCAUCUUAAUUGGAUGGAUUUGGAAGGCAAUCGGAUUAAAUCCCUAAUGAAUUCCACCUUUCUGGCAUGUGAUGAGCUCACGGUAUUGUUUCUUCCUAGAAAUCAAAUUGACUUUGUUCCAGACAAGACCUUUUCUUCAUUAAAAAAUUUAGGAGAACUUGAUCUGUCUAACAACUUGAUCGUGGACUUACCCCAAGAUGUUUUUAAAGACUUAAAACUUCUGCAAAAAUUGAAUCUCUCUUAUAAUCCAAUUUCUAACCUUGAUGAAGACCACUUUAAAAGUCUGAAAUACCUUCAAUCUCUGGACCUGGAAAAGAUAGAGAUUCCAAAUAUAAACCCAAGAAUGUUUCAACACAUGAGGAAUCUUUCUCACAUUUAUUUCAAAAAUUUUCGGUAUUGCUCCUAUGCUCCUCGUGUUAGAAUAUGUGUACCCUUGACUGACGGCAUUUCUUCAUUUGAAGACCUGUUGGCUAACAACAUCUUGAGAAUAUUUGUCUGGGUUAUAGCUUUCAUUACUUGCUUUGGGAAUCUUUUUGUAAUUGGUAUGAGGUCCUUCAUCAGAGCCGAAAAUAAGACCCAUGCUAUGUCCAUCAAAAUUCUGUGUUGUGCUGAUUGUCUAAUGGGAGUUUACUUGUUUUUCAUUGGAUUCUUUGACAUAAAAUAUAGAGGACAAUACCAGAAGUAUGCUUUGUUGUGGAUGGAAAGUUUACAGUGCCGCCUCAUGGGGUUUCUAGCCAUGUUAUCCACAGAAGUCUCCGUUUUGCUACUGACGUACUUGACUUUAGAGAAGUAUGUAGUCAUCGUCUUUCCCUUCAGUAAUAUUCGUCCAGGAAAACGCCAGACACUGAUCAUUCUUGUAUGCAUCUGGAUUGUGGGAUUCUUAAUAGCAAUUAUUCCAUUUUGGAGUGAGGAGUUUUUUGGAAACUUCUAUGGAAAAAAUGGAGUGUGUUUUCCACUUUAUGACCAAACAGAAGAUUUUAGAAGCAAAGGGUAUUCUCUUGGCAUUUUUCUAGGUGUGAACUUGCUGGCUUUCCUUCUCAUAGUGUUUUCCUACAUCAGCAUGUUCUGUUCCAUUCAAAAAACAGCCCUGCAGACUUCCAACAUGAGGAUUCACGUUGGAAGGGAUGUAGCUCUCGCUAAUCGGUUCUUCUUUAUCGUGUUCUCUGAUGCCAUCUGCUGGAUUCCCGUGUUUGUAAUAAAAAUUCUUUCCCUCUUCCGAGUGGAAAUAUCAGGCACAAUCACUUCUUGGAUUGUAAUUUUUUUUCUGCCAAUAAACAGUGCCUUGAACCCCAUCCUCUACACACUUACAACCAGCUUCUUUAAGGAUAAAUUGAAGCAACUGAUACACAGGCAUCGGAGAAGGUCAAUUUUCAAAAGUGAAAAGAAAAGUUUAUCUACUUCCAUUGUUUGGACAAAUGAUUCCUCCUCCCUGAAACUUGGGGUAUUGAACAAAGUAACUCUAGGGGAUAGUAUUGCAAAGCCUACUUGCUUGUGAUGACUCUUGAUGUAAGACCACUAGAAGUUGGAGUAGAUUCUGAUUUCAUGCCACUUCAAGAAGAUGACUUCAGAAAUAUCUUUCAUCUUUACCAGCAGCAAAUCUAUCUGCAAAAUGCACCCUCCUGUGUAACUCUUAGCAUUUUGGCACCCAAGCUUUUUGAUUAUCGUUUCUGCUAAGAAUCAUUCUGUCCAUUCCUCAUUUCCCUACAAGAAGUAGCAUUGCAUCAUGGUAUGAUGGAUAGGGAAUUGGACUCAGAGUCAAGAAGAUCUGGAAUCAAAUACCACCUCAGGCACUUACAAGUUGUGUGACAUUUCCAAGUCAUUUCACCUGUUUAAGCCUCAGUUCCCUCAUCUAUAAAAUGAGAUGAUUGAACUAAAUCUCUAAGCCAAGAAUCCUCUAUUCUUAUAGAUUCAAUAAACAACAAAUAGGCAAUUGAUCUUUCCUUGCUCUAAGCUAAUAAUUGAUUUCCUUUUAUUCUGGAAAUGUAAAUUUAUUUAAAUAUGGAAAUACAUUUAAAACUCAGCUAACAAGAAAAUGAUUGCCCAUUUAUAAGAUAAAACUG